CACCCGCCUCUGAAUGUUUUGGAGCAGGCCACAAUUAAGCAGUGUGUGGUGGGACCAAACCAUGCAGCGUUUCUCCUAGAGGAUGGUCGCAUCUGCAGAAUUAGCUUUGCUGUUCAACCAGACAGAUUGGAACUGGGAAAACCAGAUACUAGUGAAGGUUCAAAGUUGAGCAGUGGUUCAGGCACAGGAAGGACUUCCAGGCCAGGCAGGAGUAGUGAUUCCCCAUGGUUUCUGUCUGGUUCUGAUACUCUGGGCAGACUGGCAGGCAACCCCCUUGGGAGCCGUUGGAGUUCUGGAGUCAGUGGUGGAGCUUCUGGAAGAUCAUCCACAGGAGCAAGGGAUUCAAGGAGGCAGACUAGAGUAAUACGUACUGGACGGGAUCGAGGAUCUGGACUUCUGGGAAGCCAGCCACAACCAGUUAUACCAGCGUCGGUCAUUCCAGAGGAACUUAUCUCUCAGGCACAAGUUGUAUUGCAAGGCAAGUCUAGAAGUGUUAUUAUUCGGGAACUACAAAGGACUAAUUUGGAUGUCAAUCUUGCUGUGAACAAUCUACUGAGCCGUGAUGAUGAAGACGGAGAUGACGGUGAUGAUACAGCAAGUGAAUCAUAUUUACCUGGAGAGGAUCUUAUGUCAUUACUGGAUGCAGAUAUCCAUUCUGCACAUCCGAGUGUCAUCAUAGAUGCUGAUGCUAUGUUUUCUGAAGAUAUCAGCUAUUUUGGUUAUCCUUCCUUCCGCCGCUCUUCUCUCUCCAGACUAGGCUCAUCAAGAGUUAAGUUGGAACAAACUGUGAACUCAGAGACAAUCGUUCAUUCAUCAUAUUUGAUCAGAUCUCCCUACACCACUGCUCCUGUAAAAGAGAGAGACUCCGAUCUGUUGCGUGAACGUGAGUCAGUUUUACGUUUACGUGAAAGGAGAUGGCUUGAUGGUUCCUCAUUUGAUAAUGAACGAGGCUCCACAAGCAGAGAAGGUGAAUCAAGCUUGGAUAAGAAAAGCCUUCCGGUUCAAAGUCCUGUCUCCUUGGGAGAAGAGUUGCAGUGGUGGCCUGAUCGGGAUGGUACCAAAUUUGUAGCUAUCGGUGCUCUGUUCUCAGAGCUUAUAGCUGUAAGCAACAAAGGUGAAUUGUAUCAAUGGAAGUGGAAUGAAUCUGAACCUUACAGGAAUGCACAGAAUCCCUCUGUGCACCAUCCUCGAACCACACAACUAAGUUUAACCAAUGAGAAAAUUGUCCUUCUGGCUGCCAAUAGUAUUAGAGCUACAGUUACAACAGAAAACAGCAAAGUUGCCACGUGGGUAGAUGAGACAUUAUGUUCUGUAGCUUCUAAACUGGAACACAGUGCACAAAUUUUUCCAGAGUUGCAAGGAGAAAAGAUUAUGUCUUUGCACUGUUGUGCCCUAUAUACAUGUGUCCAACUGGAAAGUAGCCUCUAUUGGUGGGGAGUAGUGCCUUUCAGCCAACGGAAAAAGAUGCUCGAGAAAGCAAGAGCCAAAAACAAAAAACCAAAGUCCAAUGCAGGCAUGACAUCGAUGCCCAAUAUCACUGUUGGAACGCAGGUGUGUUUGAGAAAUAAUCCACUUUAUCAUGCUGGAGCAGUAGCCUUUUCCAUUAGUGCUGGCAUUCCAAAAGUUGGUGUGUUGAUGGAGUCAGUUUGGAAUAUGAAUGACAGCUGUCGAUUCCAGCUGAGAUCACCAGAAAGUUUGAAAAACUUAGAAAAAUUGUCCAAAAGCACUGAAAAUAAGACUGAGAGUAAACAAGAGUCUGUAAAGACUGAGAUGGGGCCGCCGCCAUCUCCAGCAUCCACAUGCAGUGAUGCAUCGUCUAUCGCUAGUAGUGCAUCACUACCCUACAAGCGCAGGCGUUCCACUCCAGCACCUAAAGAGGAAGAGAAAGUAAAUGAAGAGCAGUGGCCACUUCGAGAAGUGGUAUUUGUUGAAGAUGUUAAAAAUGUGCCAGUGGGGAAGGUAUUGAAAGUGGAUGGUGCUUAUGUUGCUGUGAAAUUUCCUGGGACUUCCAGCAGUGUCAGUAAUCAGAACUGUACUAGUACAGAUGCUGAUCCAACUUCACUUCUGCAAGAUUGUAGGCUGCUUCGAAUUGAUGAACUUCAACACUAUUAUUGGUACCAAUGGGUUCUCCAGUGGGAAUCCUCCCUAUCUAACGUGUUUGGAAAACGAGGACCAACGGAAGGAUGCCAACCAGGUCAGACUGCACGUGAGGUAUUCUGUGCCCACCCAGCAGUACCCUCACACCCGAAUCUGCAGACGGAGGUGAUUAGACCUUGCUUUGGCAGAUAA